GACGCGGGAACGAGGCACAUGUAUAGCCGCCGCCAUUGUUGUGGGAAAGGAAACAUUUUUUCGGGGAAUUUCGUUGGAAUUUACGUACACAGCAGGACUGGAUAUAGUGGAGUGAAAAGUAUUGUGAAACCUCAAACUUUUAAGACUUUAACAGACUUAUUGUUCCUUUGUGAGAGACAUCUAGGAGGACAGAAUUAGUGUGAUGUCGGCUAGCAUUGAUCAGAGGACAAAAGGACAGCCAAACCAAGUGGCAAAUGGAGCUGUGAAGGAAACGGUGAAGGAAGAAGAGUUUGACCCCUACCUCCAGCAGCCAGCUGCCCAUCAGGCUGGGUAUAGUGCCGGACCAAUGUCAAGCCCUGGAGUUUCCGAUACCUUCAUGCCAAGUUAUUAUAAUCCUUCUAUGUCUUUCCCGUAUUUGGGACAAGGACUAAAUGAGGGUGGAGCAUGGUCCAAUGGAGGUGAUGCCACUAUGUUCUCAAUUGGAAGUUACGAUUACAAUGGAAUGUUCAGUAGUGCAGGAUUUGGUUAUCCUCAAUUCGGGUGGACUGAUUAUUCUGGGAGUGACUAUUGGGGUAACGCAGCGGGACAGGCGAGGAAGGAUGCCAGGGGCUACCCAGAUGAUUACUACCGAACAGAAAACAUGAUUCCAGCAGAUCCCUACACAAUCAACGGUGGUGAAUUUGAACGUGACCCUAACAUGGCUGGGGUAGAGCAGGGACUGAAAGGCAUGAAUAUCAGUGAUAAACAGGUGGAUGCUCAUGGUGUGACUGUAAAUGACCAAGGUCAUAUACAAGGGGACAUGAGUGGAGCACCAGUUUCUGCAGGACCUGUUCAACAUGUGCCUGUGACAUCGCAGGCUCCUAAAAAAGCUUCGUGGGCAGCCAUCGCCAGUCAGCCUGCUCGUCCACAGCCCCAACUGAAACAUAGGACUAUUCCCAGGGCCCCUAUGAAUCCUAACAACAAGCAAAACAUGGACAUUGGAACCUGGGACACCCGCAACAAUGGAGGAAACAAGCAAGGCAAUGGACAGGGACGAACAUGGAAUGUGCCACGUAGGUCUGGCAUGAACUCGUAUAAUUCUAGUUCCAAUUCAGGCAAUGCAAAUCAAUCUUCAGGCGCUGGAAAUUCUGGACUAGCUUCAAUUUCAAACCCCCAACAAGGGGCCACUGCUCACCCUGUGUUAGAAAAACUGCGCUCUGCCAACCAAUACAACCCCAAGGAUUUCAAUAUGAACCCACGAGGAGCCAGAUUCUUUGUCAUCAAGAGCUACUCUGAGGACGAUAUUCAUCGCUCUAUCAAGUACAGCAUUUGGUGUAGUACGGAGCAUGGUAAUAAGAGACUGGAUGGUGCAUACAAGGAGCGUGAAUCGAAGGGACCCAUCUACCUUUUCUAUAGUGUGAAUGGUAGUGGACAUUUCUGUGGGAUGGCACAGAUGAUGUCGACGCUGGACUACAAUCGUAGUGCGGGGGUUUGGGCCCAGGACAAGUGGAAAGGUCAGUUUGAGGUCAAAUGGAUAUAUGUGAAGGACGUUCCCAACAGCCAACUUAGGCACAUUCGUCUGGAGAACAAUGAAAACAAGCCUGUCACGAACUCGCGUGAUACACAGGAAGUGCCGCCAGAGAAAGGAAAGCAGGUGUUGAAGCUCAUUCACUCCUACCGUCACACAACUUCCAUAUUUGAUGACUUUGGUCACUACGAGAAACGCCAAGAGGAAGAGGAUCCAGCUGAUGCGGAACAAGCACCAACACAGCAACAGCAGCAGCAACAGCAACGCCCUGCGCAACAGCGACAGUAGACGUGUCCUAGGAUGACCCUAGUUCUAGAAGGGUCAAAGGUCACUGACCACACCUGGGACUUCCCCCACGGAACUUGAAUUUAUAUAUAACUAUCAAGUGGGUGAGGGAAUUAUCAGUUUAUUUAACACGUGGACCUUAUCUAGUGUAGUGAUAUGGUGUCGAAGGAUCCAGAUGCGCUGUGAGAAAAAAUUCAUACAAAAAUUCUGCGAUUUUAAAUUUUUUUAUUAUAAACUGAUAUUCUGUUAUAUUGUCUUGUUUUACAUCUUCAUUUGAAUUAUGAAUCUGGGAAUUGAAAUCUACAACAGGCUACCAGGAAAAGAAGCAAAGGGUCAUGAAAACAUUCUGCAUACAUGGAAUUUUAAUUUUCGUAGGAAACUGUGAAUUUGUGCUGAAAUAUUUUAAGUUCUGCAGUACUAUCCGAAUGUGCUGAUUUUCUUGAUUUUAACCCAAAGAAUCAUCCUUUUGAUUUAAAAUAAAAGUUAAAUGUACUAGUCUUAUACAUAUAAGGAUGUGAUAGGCCUUCAACGAAUGGAUGUGUUUUCAUAUAAAUUCAUAGUUGCUACAUGCAAAAUCUUUAUUAUGGACCACAAGAAUAUGCACCUACGAGUGAUAUAUUUGACCCAAGACGGGAUGACUGUUCUUCAUACUUGAUAGGUAUCGAAGACGUUGCCAAGUGCAUUAAACUUCAUUUACCAUGAAAUAUUUGAAGAAGGGUGUGUUUGGUAUUAAAUAGACUUCCAUUUGACAAAUUUUCGUGCUAGAAUGCCUGUUUUAAGAUGCCUCUUUAUGGAGAGACAUGAGUUUUAAAUAAAGGUGUGAUUUUGUUUUCUCGGACAAUUCACAAGUUACAAAGACAGAUGAGAGAAACAAAUUCAAGGAAGAUUAUUUAAAAUAUAUGGGAAGUGUUAACAAGAGACAUCCAGAUACAGUGCAUUUCCCCUCAGUAACCGAAAACUUGCACAAAAAAAAUGUGGGGAAACAACUUAUGGAGGUUAUGAAUCCUUGUGUUCAAAGGGAAACAAUUCUCUGUGCAUAUUUCAGUUUGAAUCCGAAGAAAAAAACUUCAGACUUGGAAUGCCAUUGCCAAGAAAAAAGGAUGCAUUUAUAAUCAAUAUUUCAACAUUAAGUUUUCUUAUGAAUUAUUCCAACUGUUGUGUGGUUGUUACAAGGACGUAUGGCUGUAUUCCUGAUAUGAAAUCGUCCAGUUGCCUAUUAAAGAACUGCUACAUACUGUGCAAAUAGA